AUGCCUGUCAUCUCUCGCAUCGUCUCGAUCGCCCUCCGCGUCGCGCAGAUUGUCUUUGCGGCUAUCGUCGCAGGCGUGAUCGGCUGGUACCUCGCCCAUUUCACUACUCACGGCAACGUCUGGCCACAGGCGCGGUGGAUUUAUACAGAAGUGGUGGCCGGCUUGUCCAUUCUAUUGGGACUCCUCUGGCUUAUACCCUUUUCCUGGGGCUUCUUCUCCUGGCCAUUUGACCUCGUCAUCUCCUUUGCCUGGUUCGCUGCCUUUGGUAUCCUUGUCAACGCCAUCCACAAGUUCGACUGCGGCGGUGUCUUCCGCUGGACUCUGUUCACGAAUAACUCGUCCUGUGGGCGCUGGAAGACCGCUGAGGCGUUCAGUUUCCUGUCGGCGAUCGUGUGGCUUGCUUCUGCUUUGCUGCAUAGCUAUCCCCUCCAGAGCGCCGACGCGUCUUCCCCUCUCCGCGCCAGCCUCGACUCUGCUCGUUCGGACCCGGUCGGCAGUGACAAUGACAACCGCGAGCCCCUCCUACCAACACACGCCACGCAUCAUACUGGAGAAGAAGGAGGAGGAGGAGGAGGAGGAGGAGGAGGAGAAUACGCAGCAUCAAGAAGAUCUGGUCGAAACUCAAACUGCUUCCUCGCGUGGCUGCGCGGACCAUAUCCCCCGCGCAAACAUCACAUCCAGCCGUGGUUCGCAGCAUGGCAGACUGCGCCCAACCGGCUGGUGAAUCGAUAUCUAACUUCACGGUCGUCGAAGAUUGCGGCGGUAUUUAUUGCUGUCGCUGCCUGGGGGAUCGCUUUUUUUCUGGCCCUGCGCUGGUCUGUGACUGGUCUGCAGGUGGAUGGGUACGGGACCCCUGUACGGCUGUCGUGUUACAGUAACGUGUGGAACAAUGCUACUGAUUGCGGGCUGGAUGGGUACGCCUGUCGCCCGUUCGACGGCGAGGCGUUUGCCUUUCGCUGUCCGGCUGGAUGCUCGGCGGCGAUUCUGCUCGAGCCAUAUACGGUCGGAAACGAGGAGGUCAACUAUCGGCAUCGGGUGAUCGGGGGUGGUCCCUCUUCCCACUACUAUCGAGGCGACUCGGCCAUCUGUCCUGCCGCGCUGCAUGCAGGCCUCGUGUCGGAUGCGAGUGGCGGGUGUGGCAUCCUCCGCCGGACGGGCGAGCAGAGCGCGUUCGAAUCCGUGUCGGAACAUGGAAUCACCAGCAUCGGGUUUGAUUCGAACUUCCCCCUCUCCUUCACUUUCGAGCGGACGGCUGAGGAUGGGGAAGACCUCCGCUGCCAGGACUUGCGGUGGUGGCUGUUCGGCUUCUCGCUGGCGGUGACGACUGUGCUGUCACUGUUCAUCACCUCGCCGGCGGCCUUUUACGCCUCGAUCUUCGUCAUAGUCUUCUUCCAGGUCGCCCUGGUCUCGGAGCCCGUGUAUUCGCCCGACUUUGACGAGGUCGUCUCCCUCGCCCUCGGCCGCUUCCUACCCACCGCCCUCGCCGGGUUUGUCCUCUACCACUUCUGCGUGCGCCACACGCUCGCAGACCUUACGGCCGUCUGGGACCGGACCGUCCUCUGGUUGGGCGGGUGCUGGGUCUCCGCCCUGAACCGCGACACCUUUGACCGCAUCCCCAUCUCGCGUCUGACCCCGCACGACAUCCAGCAGCAGCCGGGCGCCAUCCCGGCCCUGAUCGUCAUCAUCUCCUUCCUGCUUCUCAUCGUGAUCACGCAGGCGCUCGCCUUCCGCGCAGAGGGCCGGCUCCCCACCAUGCUGCGUCUGUAUGGGCUCUUCCUGACCGGCCUGUUCCUCCUCCUUAUGGUCCCAAGCAUGAACCUGCGCAUCCACCAUUACAUCCUGGCCCUGCUUUUCCUCCCGGGCACAACCAUGCAGACUCGCCCCUGUCUGCUCUACCAGGGUAUCCUGGUCGGCAUGUUCGUCAACGGUAUCGCUAGAUGGGGGUACGACAGUAUCCUGCAGACCCCCGGCGCGCUCCUUGAAGGCGGCCAGCUCGGCAGUCUACUACCUGCCGUCUCCGCCCCAACCGUGCUCUCGAACCACUCGCUUUUCUUUGACUUCUCGUCUCUCACCCUCCCAUCCGAUGCAGACGGGCUAAAUGUCCUGGUCAACGACGUCCAGCGCUUCCAGGCCUACAGGGACCCCGCGACGGGCCUUGUUCCGGCCUGGAACUGGACUCGUCGCGUGGAAAGUGAUCCGGAGUACUUCCGCUUCGGGUACGUCAAGGCCUCUUCUUUGGGGGGAGUCUGGUACGAGGAUUUUACCACUCCGGUUGUCUGGGAGGUUGAUGGGUUUUGGAAUACUUCUUCAAGAGUAAAUAUAUAA